UCGAUCAGCCAUCACGACAGCUAGUUUUUAAAAUUUUAUCACGAAUUAAUCGAACGCCAUCCAGAGUGAAAACAAGACCAUCUAGCAUCAUGCCAGGUAAUAAGAAAAGAAAAGUGGCUGUUCAAGCAACUACCGGGAGAGCGAAGAGGAGGAUCGCCCAGCCGGCGCGAUAUCGAUCGACUUCGGAGCCGCAGCCGCGUGAGGCACGGAUCGAAAUUGAGGGACAAAGGAGGACAGAAAAAGAUGACGGCGCACCAAGGUUUCGGGAAGAACAACGAGAUGACGGGCAAAGCAUGAGAGAGGAAGAACGGAUCGAGGUGGAUCGAAGAGCCCGGGGCGGGGAAACUUCCAUCCAGUUUGAAACUGGCGCCGGCCGACAUGGGACAACGGUGGGACAAGUUCCGGAAGCUGACACCAGAAGCCGACUGGAUUCCCGCCAAGAUACCUCCACAGGUUUGGCAGCUUUGACAGCAGAGGCAAAUAGGCUUUUAAAAAAUUCUAUGGCAAGUCAGACAUGGAACACCUACAAAACUGCAGAGAAGCGGCUAGAAAAGUUUAGACUGCAAUUUAAUUUGUCUCCAUUAUGGCCAGUACCUUUAGAACACUUAAUCCACUUUAUUGCUUAUCUGUCUCUGGAACAAUUAUCACCAUCCACCGUUCGAACCUACAUUAGCGGAUUAAGUAACUGGCAUAGAUUAAAUGGGUAUGGGGACCCGACAAAGCACUUUGUAAUUUCAAAGCUCCUGGAGGGAUUUAGUAGGGGGAAUACUAGACUGGAUGUACGAAGCCCCAUCACUUUGCCAGUCUUAGAGAAGAUCGUGGCAGCAUUAUCACAUGUUUGUUCGUCUCAGUUCGAGACUGAGCUCUUUGCAACAGCUUUUAAGUUGGCCUUUUUUGCAUUCCUACGUGUGGGGGAAAUAACAUCUGCUACACGAGGUGACAUUUCAAACAGGGCUGUUGGGGUACAUGAUGUUAGUUUAAUUUUCAGACUGGGGGAACAUCUGCCAUAUCGGGUAAAGCUUCUCAUAAGAAAAUCUAAGAAUGACCAAAGGGGUAACGGCUAUUUACUGUAUCUGGAAAGAUUCAAAAAUGAGAACAUCUGUCCAGUUCUGGGGGUAUACAAAUAUUUGCAGUCAAGAAAUAAGACCGGUUCUCCCCAGCUGCUGACCCAUUACAAUGGGGUAUCUGUAACCAGAUACCAGUUUAACUCCAUUCUCAAACGGACAUUACAGUUUAUAAAUAGCAACGGCCAAUGUUACAAAUCACAUAGUUUUAGAAUAGGAGCGGCAACGGAGGCGGCGGCAAGGGGUGUACCCGAGGAAACCAUCAAGCUGUGGGGCCGUUGGCGUUCAGGGGCUUACAAAAGGUAUAUUCGGUUUUCCACAUAAGUAAUUUGUCAAUGUAAAUUUAUUGAUUGUAGGUAGGCAUGAAGUGUGGAUUAUAGGAUCGUCAAUUGUACAUUGGGCGGGAAUCCAGGCGCAAACCAGACCAGGUGGAGGUAACCUAGGGUUACAACAGGCGGGUAUAUGCGUAAAAUGGUAUGGGAAUAGGGGAAUGCGGUGGUCGCAGUUGGAUCAGUUUAUCUUGGGCAAGUUGCAACAUCAAACCCCACCUAAUUCCAUGAUCUUGCAACUGGGGUCCAAUGAUAUGGUUACGGUAAAAAACAGGGUCCUUAUCCAGGAGAUUACUUGUUCAGUUUUGCGACUGAGGUCACUACUUCCCUCUGUAAGGAUCAUUUGGUCGAAUAUGUUGCCGCGCCUCUACUGGCAUGGAGCGGAACAUCCAAAGCAGGUGGACAAAGCUCGGAAAAGGGUAAACGGUGCAGUAAAAGCACUGGUCCUUGCAGAGGGGGGGGGGGGGGGGGGGCAGUGAUUGGGCACCCCGCUGUGACCGUAAAAGAGUUGGAGUUGUUCAGGAAUGAUGGAGUGCAUCUGUCGAGCAAAGGAAAUGGGGUGUACCUGGAUGGAAUGCGGGGUGCCGUGAAAGCGUUGCUCUUGGGAGGGGGAAAGGUUUUUCCAUAACUGAGCUAUUGCGGGUAUGGGUGGAGUGGAUAUAGACUCACUCCUGUGGCGGGACCCUCGGGGGACAGCUACAGAGCUAAGGUUCAUCUGGCCCAGGGUUAGGUCCUACCUACUGGACAGUAGGGGGACAGGUCAAUAUAAAGGAUUCACUCGAGACUGCCUGAGGGAUCCGCUCCACCUUCGGGGCCGAAGGGGAGUUUUUCAGCCCACCUACGAUUGCCGAGGGGGCAGGUUAAUUAGAUACGCUCGACCUUUGGGGCCGAAGGCGAGUUUAGCCCACCUACGUUUGCCGAGGGGGCAGGUUAAUUAGGGGGGGGGGGGGCAGUUAACAGAUUGGGAACCUUGGCUCGCUGACUUGCCACAUACUCUCUAGUGAGGGCAGUCAGUAUGUCCCCAGGGGGUUCUGUUAUAGGUAAUAGCUGCGGCCAGGGUUUAUCCAAAACAUUAAGGGGUUUGGGGGGGUGUUUUCACCUGUACAUAAAGUAAAUAUGAGGGCAAGUAAUAUGUAGUAGGUAACAUGUAUAUAAA